AUGUCAUUCAAUCCCAAUAUGAGUGAAAUAAGAUUAACUAAUUAAUCUCCCAAUAGAAACUUUAAUCCAAUGAAUUCUUCGGUUUAAUUUAUACCAGAUCUUAUUCUUGACAACCAGCCUGAUGAAUAAAUUUCUCCAAGAAAGGAAAUAAUUAAGAAAGGAAUUUUGAAGACUUUUUAUUAUUAAGUAAUAUGAUAUUUAGAAGUAGGAUGUUAAAAGAAGAAAGUUGAUAGGUUGUAAUAUAUAUGUGAACGAAAUGAAUGAAUAGUAAUUAUAAUUAUCUAAAAGAGGAAGUAUAUUUUAUUACAAUAACUAAAGUGACUUGUAGAAUAUGCAUGAACGAAGAGGAAACUUCAAGAUUUAUUAUGCCCUGUGCAUGUAAAGGAAGUUUGUAAUAUAUACAUGAAGAAUGUUUAAAACUUUGGAUCCUUUAGAAAAAUGGCAUAGAAGAUGUAUUUAAAGAUAGAGUACUUAUUAAAAUUAAGAUAUUAGAUUAAAUGUGAAUUAUGUUCACAAAAAUUUCGUAUGCGAAUGCAAUUACACAAUCACUUUCAAAAAUCUCGAUUUUGGGAUGUACCAAAACACUAAAAGAUAUGUUGGCUUAUUUAACUUUUCUUUAUUUUUGCUAUAAUCAGUUCUAUUGCUGGUACAAUAUAUAUACUAUAUAGUAUUAUUCAUUCAAUUUGGUUUAUCUAAUAUAGGUGUAGAUGCAGUCAUGACUUUAUUGAUCGUCUUGUGUUUUAUUUUAAUAGUUUAUCUUGUUGCAAGUUUCAUUGCAUUUCAUUAAGUAGAAAUGAUAGAAAAUUGGACUAUAAGUAAUUAUCGACCAAGAAGAGAUACAAAAUAGGGUAGCUUUUUUUAAUUAUAAUCUCAAAUGGGAUAAAGUGUGACCGGUAGUCCCAUAGCUAAGAAAAAGACAGCCAUAAUUCAUCCGAAUGGCAUAACGAACUUAUAGGUCAUUUAAGUCAAUUAACUGAUGACAAGUACAAAUAUCUCAGAAUAAUGAA